AUGGGUGAAGGCCGAAAAUUGUCAGCUUGUCCCUAGCCAUGCCCUCUACCACCUUUCACGUCGAUGCAGUGCUUUUUGAUAUGGAUGGAACCCUAGUAGACUCGGCUGCGGGGGUGGCCGGUGCUUGGCAUGUUUUUAGGGAGAAAUACCCUCAUAUUGAUGUGCAGGAUAUCCUCAGCGUUUCUCAUGGGGUACGGACCGUCGAGAAUCUCAGGAAAUACUGUGGUAUCGAGGAUGCGGAGGAAUUAGAGAGAGAGGCACAACGUUUCGAAACUGCAAUUGUCGAGUCAUCAAGACUCAACGGGAGGAAAGGUAUCGUAAAACUUCCUGGGGUUAUGGAAGCUAUGAAGGAGGUCGAACCUGGAAGGCAUCUUCCUGGCGCAUGUUGGGCCAUUUGUACAUCCGCCACUCGAGUUUAUGCAACUGCCGCUAUGACGUCCGCUGAGAUCGCCAUCCCUGAUGUCUUUGUGACUUCUGAGGAUGUUGCGAAAGGGAAACCUGCGCCCGAUCCAUACCUACUCGGUGCACAACGCUGUGGAGUACAACCUGAAUGUUGUGUGGUGUUCGAGGAUGCUCCCACUGGUAUAAAAAGUGGUAAAGCAGCGGGGUGCAAGACCAUAGGAUUCUUAACUACCCACACACGCGCACAGAUGGAAGGUGUCAAGCCAGAUUUUCUAGUACCCGAUUUGUCCAGCGUAACCCUACGCCGUACAAAUAACGGGAUCGAUGUCACUGUUCAGACGGAUCGAUAAGUACCGAGAAUUAGAUGACCUACCUUAGAUGUUAGACGUUUCUCUCCAUAGAUCAGGAUACUUAUAUUCAAUCAGAAUUUGGUGAACCGAAGA